CCGAUGCGCCGCAGAAAGCGAGAGGGGAAGUCACGCGCCUGGGUUUCUGUUUAGGGGCGGGGCCGGCCUGGAACAGGAGCGGGUCUGCGCUGGGAAAGGGGACGGGAAAGGGCGAGCGCCCGGCGGCUGAAGGGAGGUCCCGUGAAUGUCGCACCCCGUCAGUGUAGAGUUGGAAAAUGAAACAAUAGCACAGUUUUGAAGACCAUUAGAUCUUGUUUGCCAAUGACGUCUGUGCAAAUGAUACCUGAAUCUUAUAGCCAUGUGCUUGCAGAAUUUGAAUGCCUCGGUCCACUGCUCUCUGCUCUCAGGCUGGAUUCUAGUCGUUUGAAGUGCACGUGUAUAGCAGUUUCUCGAAGAUGGUUGGCACUAGGUAGUUCAGGUGGAGGCCUGAACCUCAUCCAGAAGGACUGCUGGAAACAGAGGCUUUUCCUCACUCAUAAGGAAGGUGCCAUUUCCCGUGUUGCAUUUUGUUUACAUGAUGAGGAUUAUGUUGCUGUAGCUACAAGUCAAGGCCUUGUUGUUGUCUGGGAAUUGAAUCAGGAGCGUCGUGGGAAGCCAGAAAGAAUUUAUGUUUCUUCUGAGCACAAAGGCAGAAAAGUAACAGCUCUUUGCUGGGAUGCUAGUGCACUCCGUAUUUUUGUUGGUGAUCAUGUGGGCAAAGUUUCUGCUAUCAAGAUCAAUACAUCCAAACAAGGAAAGGCCUCCACUGCAUUUGUGAUGUUUCCAGUUCAGAUUAUAACUACUGUUGACUCUCAUGUGGUUCAGCUUGAUUAUUUGGAUGGAAGGUUGCUUAUUUCUUCUCUUACUCGCUCAUACUUAUGUGAUACCGAGAGGGAAAAAUUUUGGAAAAUAGGCAAUAAGGAAAGAGAUGGUGAAUAUGGAGCGUGUUUUUUCCCAGUUGGAAAGAGUUGUGGAAACCAGCCAUCACUAAUAUACUGUGCACGUCCUGGUUCACGUAUGUGGGAAGUGAACUUUGAAGGAGAAGUACUAAGUACACAUCAGUUCAAACAGCUUCUGUCAUCACCGCCUCUCCCUAUUAUUACUCUAAGGGAGGAUCCAGAGUAUAACAGUUCUGCCUGCUCUCCUCAAUCUUUAGCAUUUCCUAGACUGCUGUAUCUAAGUGAACACUGUGUAAUGACAUGGACAGAAAAAGGCAUUUAUAUUUUCAUCCCUCAAAAUGUCCAAGUUUUGCUCUGGAGUGAAUUGAAAGAUAUCCAUGAUAUUGCGGUAUAUAAAAAUGAACUCUUCUGUUUACACACAAGUGGAAAAAUCUCUCAUAUUUUCCUUAUGCCAGUUGAAAGAUGCAUAGAACGUUUGCUUAGGAGAAACUACUGGAAUCUUGCUGCCAAAGUCUGCUGCCUUUUCCAGAAUUCUGUUAUCUUGUGUCGGGCAAGAAAAAUUCUUCCUGUAGAUAAACUAGAACACUUGAAAUCACAGCUGGAUCUUUCAACACAAAAUGACAUCAUUACUCAGCUUGAAGAACUGAUCUCAAAACUUGAGCCAUUAGAUUCGGCAUGCAGUAGCAGGCGGAGCAGCAUUUCUUCACAUGAAAGUUUCAACAUAUUAGAUUCUGGAAUUUAUCGUGUUAUUAGUCGGAGAGGCAGUCAGUCUGAUGAGGACACUUGUUCAUUACAUAGCCAAACUUUAUCAGAAGAUGAUAGAUUGAAAGAAUUCCAUACACACCAGGAAGAAGAACAGCUGGACCUUGACAGUAUAUCUCAUGCUUCUGUGGUGGUCGACCCUGAUCGGAAUGAGACUUUUCUUCCAUUCAGUAUUCCAUUGUCAUUCCGUUCCCCAUCUCCUCUCGUCUCUCUUCAAGCUGUCAAGGACAGUGUUUCUAGUUUUGUUCGCAAGACCACAGAGAAGAUUGAGAAGAUUGGUACACUUCAUGAUAGAAUCAAGCAGGAUAUUGUAGACGAAGAACAACAACUACCAGACGCUACGACUAGUGUAGUAGCACAGCCUCAGGAGGAAGAGAUUGAACCACAGAGUCAAGUGCUUGAAGAGGACAGCCUUAAAGACCUCAAGGCAGCAACUGCAGAGACUAUGACCAGACUCCAGGAUCCAUUAGUUUUGUUACAACCACAGUGCUUGAGAGCCAUUUUGCUGGACUGGAUUCCAUUUCUAGAAGAAGCAUUUGGAUCGAAGCCAGCUGUUAUUCUAGAUGAUAGCUCAUCUGAGAUGGGCACGGAAAUGUCUUUGCAACCUGAAGAACAGCAAGUUUUCAAAGAAAAUAUGGGAUCAAAUCAAUGUUGUGAACCUGUAGAUAAGGAACAGAGAACAGUACUGGACACAAAGUGUGAAAGCAAUGAUGUAACUAAACAACAGGGGGAAACUUGUGGAGAAAAUACUUUGCCAGCUGCUAACAGUCAGGUUGAUAAAAUGCCAUGCAAACAAGCUGCUACAUCAGAGAUGACUUUCAACCAUUCUUUUAAAAUGUAUCCCCCAUGUUUCAUUGCACAAAGUGUUCAAAAGGACCUGGUAGACCUUACUACUUUAUGUUUUGAAUUAAAUGUAUAUGAGUGGUCACAGAUAAAUGUUGAGCAAUAUGAAAAGCCACAAUUUUCCUGUGUCUUGGCUUGUAGAUUCAUAAAAGACUAUUUUUUUCUUCUGGAUCUGGAAAGACUGAAGAACUAUAUUAUAAACUAUCAUAGCUGUCAUCCUGAAGUUUGGGAAACCUACAUGGAAGGGUUGAAAGAACUGACUUUGACUAGUCCAGUUACUAUGGCACUGGAAAAUGGAGAUAUGUUUAAAACUCUGAAAUUGCUGGUUGAUCUGGGUCCUUGGGAUGCUCCCAUGUUGCUAGCACAUGCCCAAAGGCUUUAUGAAAAGUUUGGAGAAACCUCUCUCAGGUCCUUGAUCAAAUUCUACCCUUCUAUUUUGCCUUCAGAUGUCAAGCAAAUUUGUAAAAACAAUCCUGAGCACUUUCUGGCUUAUUUAGACAGUCUAAUCAAGUCAAAGACUGAAGAUGAACGGUUGUCUUUUCUUAGAUCUCUUCUCCAUCCAGAAUCUAUGCAAGUAGAUUGGUUAUGUUUGGCAGUUUCCCAUGAUGCCCCACAUAAAGCAAGUACAAUGGAUACCCAAGGAAACCCACGGCCACGUUCACAUUUAUUUACAUGGGGAUAUAACCAGCUGAUUUUGCUGUUGCUUAAACUUCCUGCUGACACUGUAACAAAAGUGAAGAUGUGUGACAUAUGCAAAAGCUAUGGCUUCUGGCCUGGAUAUCUGUCUCUCUGUUUGGAACUGAAUAGAAGAGCUGAAACAUUUACUAGUAUUAUUUAUUUGGAUGAUAUGAACUUGUUGGAUAGAGAACAUGGAGCAAUUCCAGAGACUAUAGAAGAAUGGAAGUUCCUUCUUUGCCUUGUGAAGAAUCACCACAGUAGUGAUCUUCAUCUUGCUAUGCAAAAUGGCAGUGCCUUUAGUAAUGGUACUCCAGAUUGGUCAAAUCAUAUUACUGUUGAAAAUAUGGCUUUGCUAUUAGCCAGAGUAAUUGGCCCAGAUCGUGCUUUGCAGUUACUGAAGGAAUGUGGCCUGAUGGAUGAAUUAUCUGAAAGAUUUGCCAAAAUCUGUGAGAUACUAAGAGUUGCUGGAAAAAGGCAAAGAGCCCUGAUUCAAUCCAUGCUGGAAAGAUGUGACCGAUUUUUAUGGUCACAACAAGCGUAGUAGACAGCUCUGGAAUAAAAUGACAAUAAGAAACAUUCUUCCUAUGCUGUACAAUUUCUAGAAAAGUCUUCUUGAGUAAGAAAUGUGUUUUGUCGCUUUGUUUUAAAAAUGAAUGAAUGAAACAUCAUUUUUCUGCUGGGCUUCCAUUAUUGAAUAUUUAUGGGCUCAACUCCUACCUCUCUUUCUGAUGAAAGGAGUUGCCUGAAGCAGUUCCCCUUCUACCUCUAGUCCUUCUAUGUGCUCAACCUCUGUCCUGUAGAUGUCUUAUAAAGCAACAUAAGAGGCCUGCAGAAAACCACUAUUGGAUAUUGAUCAUUAUCUCUUGUAUAUUAAAAAAGUUGGACAAUAUUGUUGCUAACUGAACAAGGAUGCACACAGCAAGAGCUUUAGACGAUCACUGUUAAGUUCCUCCAUGAAAAUGGAUUUUUUUUUACAUAGAGGUUGUUAAUAUUUAGAAUGUAAAUUUUAAAUUUUCACACUAUUGAAAGCACAAACAGAUUCUAUUAAGUUUCCAGCAAAUUGUGAGUUGGUUUGGAUGGAGCACAUAAAUGGAUGUAAAAUUAUGUAAAAGCGUAGAGUUUACACUUGAAAUUGAAAAGAGGCUGUGUAUCUUUUGAAUUAAAUUGAAGAUUUAUAAUAUAGCUGUUGGUUUGAUUGAUUGCUCACUUAAAUCAAAGAAAUAUUUCACCUUCUAAAUAUGUAUCAUACACAUUUGUUACUAUGUGCCAUCAAGUCCAUUCAGACUUAUGGCAACUGUAGGAGGGUUUUAAAGGUAUGUGAGAUGCCCAAGGAGUGGUUACACAGGCAUAUUUGCACAAUUCAGGGUAGAUAAAGUCAGAGCUCAAUUUUUGUUCCCCAGACUCUCUGGGAACCAUACUUGCUCCUUCAAGUGAAACUGUGUCACUUCUAGUUUGGGCAAGGGGGACAAUACAUAUCUGGUUUGAAUUUUACUCCCUUACCUUCUGAAACAAGGUGUGUGGAGGGAGGGCCACACUAUGUAUUAGAGAAUUGCACCUCCUAGAAGUGCAAGUCUUCCUUUCAAAAAAGUCAGAAUUCAAACUUGCAGGACUGUGAAAUUCCAUUAGUUUUAAUCAGAAUUCAAAGUGGUAAUCAAGAUAUGUCGGUAGCUAAAUAGAACUAAAAACAGAUACAGGCAGUGUCUUAACAUUAGAAACAAUAAACAUUUCAGCAUUUCAAAACUAAUUCCUGUAUAUUGAAGCAAAUCAUUCUAACUUCACCCCGUUGUAUAUAUAUGAGAUCUACAUAUUGUUUUGGAUUAUGCCCAGAUGUAUGGACAGAACUGUUUUCUCAAACCACAAUAACAUCCUUUUCAACUAGUGUACAGUUCUUUUUCUAGGUUAUAUUGUUUCUCUUAGCAAUUACAAAUGUCCUUUCUCCAAUUUGGUAUUAGAUUAGAAACAUUUAGCCAAAUAUUUGGACUUCCAUGCCUUUUAACUUCCCCUCUACAGUUUUGUCAUACAGCCUGCAAAGAGUUCUAAAGAACUCAAAAGCUUACAUAUUUUGUUUAAUUAUAUUUGAUCCUAAUAAAGGUAUUUGUAGAUUUGUGUUUUGUCACAAUCCUAUUGGAGACCACUUUAAUAACUCUUCUAAUGGUAAAACUGGCUCUUUGAUUUAAAACAAAUUUUGACUUGUUUUUCUAUUUGUAUCUAUUUAAUAUCUGACAUUAUAUUUUAAUUAUAACUGGGAACCAAGAAAGUUAAAGAUUAUUUAUUUUCAUGCAAAUAGGCUUUUCUGUUUUCUUCUCUGACAUUAGGUUCCUAUGACUCAUUUUAAAGUGCCACUUAAAUAAAAGCCUGAUUGGACCUUUCAGGUUGUCUUUCCAAAACAUGUAAAGAACUGUGGCUGGAGGUGAAAUCAGUAGUCCUUUCUUAUCAAUCAUAAGUAGACAUUUUCACUUAAGUACUCCGUAUAGAUCCUAGUUAAUGUAAAUGAUACUCGGUAAAGAGGUGGCAUGUAUAAUCUACAGUUAUGCAGUUUCUGUAUAUUACUAGUAUUUGGGGACCAGAUAAGUUUACUGUAUCCUGUUACAUUAUUAGUUUUUUAUCCAACCGAAUCUUUUUCUUCAAAUUAUACUAUCUUGCAUCCUCAGGUUUAUUACGCAUACUUUUAAGAGCGUAUAUUUAAUCAUUCUGAUUCUUUCUCUCUAGCCUUUUGCACAUCAGGGAUUUAGGUAAACACCUUCUAUGGCGGCCUUAUUUUUUCCAUGCAACAGUCCAAAGAGUUGUGUUAGUCAUAUGCCAGGGCUUAAUAGCACUGUCCUCUCUUUUCUGGGCAGUAGCUCUCUAUGCUUCAAUGUUUCCCUUGAGAUUUGAGGCUGGCAUCACUGGUACUAUGGAGCCUUUUCUGAGAAGAGUUCAGAAAUCUUGCUGUAUGUACAGCUUACAAUACAGCUCUUUGAAUCCAGGCUUGGUUGUACAACUAGGUCUACUACCUCACAUUUGUUCUGAGAAAAGUUGGCUGGAAUCUAAUACUGUACUGGAAUUUAGGUCACUUAAGGUUGAUGUCAUUGGCUGCAGCAGUUUUAUCUAAAUUAAAAUUCUUCUGAACUUGAGGGCUGCAAGGCUCCCUUUUAUCAUAGGGAGCCAUUGGGGAUCAAGAGAUACGGGAAAGUGCUUGAUUUCCACAAAUUACCACCAAUGGGAUGAUUUUACUGGUAGUGGUAAUUUUCAGACAUCAACCCUCUUCCUGUCCCUGCAGCCUCCGGUGGUUUCCCCUUGAUAAAAGGGAGCUUUAGGACCUUGGUGAGAUUCCCCCCCCCCCAAAAAAAGAGCUGAUGACAUUGUCAGCCUUACAUGGUGUAAGUUCUGCUAUUGGAUUUCAGCCAUUGUUUCAGUUUGCAGGUUGGUGCAAAUGCAGAGUGAGCUAAUAUGUAGAACAAGUAUAAUCUGAUCAAAAGAUUUGUACUUUGCUGCAUCUCAUUUGCUUGCAUUUUUGAGUAAAUCAUUGAUUUCUAGGUAAACAAUAUUCUUUUGUAGACAUGUUUGUAUUAACUGAAGUUUUAAAAAAUUGUAUAUGAGUAUAAGCAAACAGGUCAGGUUUUACCUAACCUGGAUUUUAAUAAAGUGAAUAUACUGUA